AUGUCAGAGCUGCCCAAAGGCAUGUCCCUAAAGAAAUUCAAUGACUUACCAACUACACGUGCAAUCCAUGAAGAAGGGGAGAAUAAAAUCGAAUACAAAGUUGGACAAAGCGUUUCAGUGUAUGCAUCCAAAGAAGGGCGUAAGGGAGUGGAUCCCAAUGAUUUAUGCAUUUUUGGGUCAAGAUUCGUUGGUAUUGGAGGGCAGACUUUGAAGAGCCAAUUUUUAAAAAGGCUUCUCAGUCAGACUCCAGAUUAUUGUGCAUGGGACGCCAAGAACUGUUGGAGUCAGAUUUGUCCAUCUGGGCAGAAGCCAAAGUAUUAG